GGCCAACACACAAGCUCUUCGAACUGGAACCCAACAAGCCCCAAUUUUCGAACAAGUAUCCAACGCGUCGCCUGCUCUACUUCAAACGGGAGAAAAUACACAAAUCGCCGGGAAAAAUUCUACCAAAAUAUGGUGUGCGUAAAUCUAGUGCAAUAAUGAUAGUUUUGAUAAAACGGCAAUUUCCGAGCGCUUGAUGGAUUUUUCCGUUAACUACGAUUUAAAAAAGAAAACAAGAGGGGGGCUGAGAAUCAAAGUGCAAAAGCUCUCGUUGAGAAUGUUGUUAACUUAAAAACAGAAACCAAAAAAUACACACAAAAAAAAAACACAAAAUCCGAUGUGAAAUAUUCGUUGACAAAAUUGGUACACAAAACCCACACAUCAGAAAUAUCCUUCAAAAACAAGUAAAAUUGUAGUAAAAAUUCUAAGUGUUAUGCAGAGUGUGGUGUGGGUGUUAUUAGCUGGUGCUGCUGUUGCUGCCUUUCCCGUUUCUCCGUUCUCCUCCCCAUCUCUUCCUCCUUCUGUUUCGAGAAUAUCCAUACACAGCGGAUCCCAACAACAACAAUAACAACGGUGUGAAACCACAAUUUAGUCGCCAAACAGUCGUUCGUGUGCUUCCGUUACCCGCCCCGUGCCCGCCAUGAUGUUGGACGAUGACAACUCAGAUCUGUUGGUCUGUGCAUCUGAGAUGCAGGAAGACCGCUUAUACUUUGUGGCCUUCAAGAAGAACAUCAAGCCAAAGAACACCGUGAAUACUCACUACUUUAACGUAGAUGAGGAGUACAUCUACGAGAACUUUUACAACGACUUUGGACCGUUGAAUAUCUGUAUGCUGUACAGGUAUUGCAUGAAGCUCAACACCAAGUUGAAUGCGAAGUGCCAUGCGAACAAGAAGAUUGUCCACUACACCUCCAUGAAUCCGGCCAAGCGUCUCAAUGCGGCCUACCUGAUUGGUUCGUAUGCAAUCAUUUACCUAAAUAAAACACCCCAGGAGGCGUAUCGGCCGCUUGUCGCUGGCGAAAUACCCGCCUACACGCGCUUUUGUGACGCCAGCUACGGACCCAGCAGCUUUAAAAUCUCGCUGCUGGACUGUCUGAAUGCUGUCCACAAGGGGCUGCAGGCGGGUUUCUUCAACUUCAACGACUUUGAUGCGGAGGAGUAUGAGUAUUUUGAGCGCGUUGAGAAUGGCGACUUCAACUGGAUUGUGCCGCAAAAGUUUAUUGCGUUUUGUGGGCCGCAUCAGAAGAGCAAAACCCUGCCGAACGGUUAUCCGUGCCAUGCACCCGAACGCUACUUUACCUAUUUUCGUGAGAACAAUGUCACGACCGUGAUUCGGUUGAACGCCAAGGUGUAUCAUGCCUCAUCGUUUGAGAACGCCGGGUUCGAUCACAAGGAUCUGUUCUUUAUCGAUGGCAGCACACCCAGCGAUGCCAUUAUGAAAAAGUUCCUCUCCAUUUGUGAGACAACAAAGGGAGCUAUUGCCGUGCACUGUAAGGCGGGAUUGGGCAGGACGGGUAGCCUCAUUGGAGCGUAUAUAAUGAAGCACUAUGGGUUCACUGCCUUGGAGUCCAUUGCCUGGCUGAGGCUCUGCAGGCCGGGAUCAGUUAUUGGCCAUCAGCAGCAGUGGAUGGAGGACAAACAAAGCUGGCUUUGGUCCGAGGGCGAGCGCAUGCGUCGCCGCACCAAUCUGCCCAUUCUCCGGCACACGUACGGUAUCAAUAGCCUGGAGCUAAAGACCAAACUGGCGGAGGUAUCCAGCAUUGCUAAUUCCUCGGAGCAUGUGGACUUGCUGCUGACCCGCGUCAAAGGAAUCUCGCAGCGUGUGGAUACCAUGCACCUGAACGAUCAGGACACGUUGGAUGCCGCGAGUGCCGAUCAUCCGACGGCUGAAGAGCUCUCUGAGCAGCGGCAACUGGAGCGAGAUGAGCAUGCCUUGUAUCAGCAAGCAACCGCGGAGGAUCCCAAUUGUAAUGGCAGCGAUGACAACGAUACGGAUACAAUCAGUGCUCCAGCAGAACCAUCAUUGACCUCCGGCUAUACCAUAACUACACGUCGCCGGAAAUCUCCAUCGGCUGCAAAUAAAUCCACUGUUAUAGCCACCUCUCUGCGACGCCUGGUUAACCCAAAUGCGAAUAGGAGUAUUGCUACGCCUGGUGUAGCCUAUCCCGCUGCCGCCGAGGUGCCCAGCUGCACGGAGAAGAAACUGCGCAAGCCCAGUGCCAAUGUCUUUGACGCGGCACGCCAUACGAUCGCUUCCACGGUUCGAAUGACUCAGACGGCGCUAGAGAAGAAACAGCAACAGCAGCAGGCCCAGACGCAGGGCGAUAAGCUGAAUCAAAUUAAGGCGCUACGGAGGCAUCACCACUCGCGAUCCGUCAAUGUCAACAACAGCAAUAGCGAGCAGGACUCGAAUCAACGACACACGAGAGCUCGAUCGCAGCCCUUCCGAAAUAACAACAGCAACGCCGGUGUGGCGGCGAUGGCUGCUCUGAAGGCUGGUGUAGCUUCAACUGGCUUGGCAACAAGUUCAGGGGUAACACCAGCCGUUAUGUUAGCCAACAGUUUAAACAACAAUGGAAGCAGUAACCUCAGCGGCAACAGCAACAGCAACAAUAACAGCAACACCAACAGUAAUCUAAGCAACUCCCUGAAUAACUAUAAUAACAACAAUACCACUAACAAUAUAUUGGCCAGUUCGGGGAACAGUCGCACCCGCAGCCUGGCGAUCUAUAGCAAAAGAAUGGAGCUGAAACAUCUGCGCAAGGCGGAACAGCAUCAGCAGGCCCAGCAGGAGCAGCCAGUGGUGGUGCUCAGGCCGUAUGCCACCAUCAACGAGAGCAAGAUACCCGUGGUAUCUGCCAGUGGUGGUGCCGGCAGCUCGGCCACCAUUCCGCCCACGCGUGGUAGUGCUGCUCGUGCCUCCCAUCACCACAUGACGCUCCGUGGAAGGUCACGAAUUCGAUACCAGCGUCCGAAUGCAGCGGAGACGGCUCCGGCAGCGGCACAAACUCAGCCCUGUACGGUGGCCACAGCUCGCUAUUACCGGGACGUAUCCGCCAUACCCACUAUGGGGCUCCUUGGUGCUGGUGGUGGGUCCUCCUCCUCUGCGUUUAAUAUAGCCACACGCUCCGCAUCCGCCACGCUCGAUCUCAACUCGAAUCCGCUGCCGAAAACCAAAUUAACCAGCUUGAAUAAUAAUAAUUCAACAUCCACACCACCGCCUCCUCCUUCUUCCUCCCAUCCCGCAGACACAAGCCGGCUUAGUGGGCGUGGAAGUGCCGUCGAAUUGCAGGCAAUCAUCGAGCACGACAGCCUGGUUGGAGCGGCCAAGCGGAACAAGCGCUCGUUGAGCUCCACUAGGCUGGACAAGGACAAGAGUGACGAGUACAACACGAAGCUGCUGAGGAAGACAGCGGCUGCAGCGGCAGCAGCAGCAACAGCAUCUUCGGGAGCAGCUGCAGCGGGCGGUGGUACUAUCUCCAGCAACAUGAAUAAUAACAAUAACUGCAGCAGUAACAACAGUCGGUACAACAGCUGCAACAGUAGCACCAGCGGCAGCUUCAAGCUCUCCCGUCGUCUCUUUGGCGAAUCCGCGGGAUCCUCGGUCUCGCCCUCUACAUCGGGUGACUCGGGGAUUCCAACGCCCACGGCACCGCCAGCUUCAGCCCCCCAGUGGCACCAUCACUUGGCUCGGGGCGUAAGCAGCCGCGUGUCUAGCGAAAGGGAAAGAGAUCGUGACCAGCAGCAGCAGCAGCAACACCAUCAGCAGUCGCAUCAAUCUAGCCUGAAGCUGCGCAAGAAGAUCAGCUACUGAGGUGCAGCAAUUGUUUUGGCAUUGCCUUUAGCUAUAUAGUUAUAUUAUUUUGAAUAGUAAAUUAUACGUUACCUUUUAUGGCAGGUGAAAGAGAGUCAGUUUCUCCAUAAUCCCAAAUGCAAUCGAAAUUCACAACCAACUUUUUGUUAAAUUCAAAAAAUAACUUUUAUUAC